UCAGAUGCGAGUGGGCGCCGUCACAAAAGGAAGUGGUGGCGGCGACGGCUGUCAGGGCAGGGCAGGGGGCCUGUGGGGCAGCGCGACGGCGGCGGGGCAGCGGCAGCAGCAGCCUGGGCGGCGGGGGCCGCGCCGCGCCAUGGCCCAGCAGCAGAUGAGCAGCUCACAGAAGGCGCUGAUGCUGGAACUGAAGUCGCUGCAGGAGGAGCCGGUGGAGGGCUUCCGCAUCACCCUGGUUGACGAGUCCGACCUCUACAACUGGGAGGUGGCGAUCUUCGGGCCCCCCAACACCCUCUACGAGGGCGGUUACUUCAAGGCUCACAUUAAAUUUCCUAUUGACUAUCCAUAUUCACCACCUACCUUCAGAUUCCUGACCAAAAUGUGGCACCCCAACAUUUAUGAGAAUGGAGAUGUAUGUAUUUCAAUUCUUCACCCACCUGUAGAUGACCCACAAAGUGGAGAGCUGCCCUCCGAGAGGUGGAACCCUACCCAAAAUGUCAGGACUAUCUUACUGAGUGUAAUCUCUUUGCUUAAUGAGCCCAACACAUUCUCUCCUGCCAACGUGGAUGCAUCAGUCAUGUUCAGGAAAUGGAGGGACAGUAAAGGAAAAGACAAGGAGUAUGCUGAAAUCAUAAGGAAACAGGUUUUGGCUACCAAAGCUGAGGCAGAGAAGGAUGGCGUGAAGGUCCCCACUACACUGGCAGAGUACUGCAUCAAAACUAAAGUGCCUUCCAAUGACAACAGUUCAGAUUUGCUUUAUGACGACUUGUAUGAUGAUGACAUUGAUGAUGAAGACGAGGAGGAAGAGGAUGCCGACUGUUACGAUGAUGAUGAUUCUGGCAAUGAGGAGUCGUGACCUGCUCCCUCUAUGCCCCUAUACUGCCCUGUCAACUCAGGCCAGAAGGGAGCAGUGGUAACCGAGCAGCAGUCCAGCAAAAAAGUAGUGGUGGGAGGGGGGAGUAAAAAAACCUUUGUCUCCUGCUGUGUCCUGUUGUAUGGAUCUGUUUGCUCCUUUUUAUGGACCUCUUAGAGACCCUCCACAGAAUGUCUGAAUUCUUGCAUUCUUAACCCUUUCAUCACUGUAUUAUGAUUUCUUUUUUAAAAAGAAAUUCCCUUUUUCAUUUCUCUACAAAAUGCUCACAGCGAAACAGGUUUGCUUGUGUUUAAAUUCUUGAAUUAAAUACAGUCUUGCAUUGAGAUAUUUAAUGUAUUUAAAGCUGGAACAAACCCAUUGGAAGAUGGAUUUUCAGGAGCUCAAGUGCUGCAUUUACUGGGAAGAAAGAAAUCCGCACAAAGCAAAUUGUCGGGGUUUAGCUGCUCCAUUUACAAUAAUAGCGUGUGUACAUUUGUUUAGCCUUGUGGUGGUGGCUUUUCCUUUAUAAGGUGUGGGUUGGAAAGUGUAAAACUACUGUGUGUUGAGCUUGAUGGGAUGUUACUGAAAGGUACAGAAAUCUGUUUAGCCUGGUCAAAUUAGGAAAUAGCUGGCCCCUGGAUCCCCAGAGGGCACAGUCAGCUUUGUCUCUGAAAAAGGCUUGUGAUAUGAACCCUAAAAUAAACAUUCAACACUUCACGUCUGUACAACUGAGCCCUGGGUUGCAUUAUUGUUUUUCAGACUAGGUUUGGGUUGAAAAAGUUCUGUUUAGCCAUUCUUCUGGGAUCUGCUGCCAGCUGCCCCUCUACUGAGGGAGGAAAACAGAAGUGUAUCCCACUGUCCAGUGGGCCAGCAUUCAUCCUGAACGUCUUUUUGGCAGUGGGAGAGUCUCCUUCUCCAGUGCUUGCUAGUAGCCCUUGUUUCCUCCAGCCCAAGUCCAGUGCUGGCCUGAGCCUUUGUUGCUUAUGUAGGUCACCUGUUGGUAAAUGCAGCUCUGCUGUAGCUCUGUGGGGUUGGCAGAAGAUAAAGCUCCCUGAGGCAGCCAGGCUGUUUCUGUGCCUGCAGUGGCUUCUGGGACACAGGGCAGAGAGAUGGAUGGGUGCUGGGCUCUCUCCUGCCUGGCUGGCUGGGGCACGGGUGGAUGUGUGCAGGUCCACAAAGAGAAGGGUACACAGUGCUUUCAAGAUGAAAGAGAAAGCCAGCAAUCAGGGUUUGACAGCCUGUCUAGGAGUAUGUUUCAGCUGGUGCCUUGAGCUCAGCCUCCUUCAUGUUUUUGGGAACUCUUGGCAGAGCUUAGGGCCCUCAGCACCCUCACCCCAUUGCAGUGUGCUCUUGUUCAGCUGUAGUGCAGUGCCCUGAAUUCACCUUUCACAUGGAUUGGCAGCCAGCCCUGCCCUUCUGUGCUGAGCCCUGGCAGCCCCGGGAGCAGAUCGGAUGUGCUGGCCCUGCUUGGGUGAGACCCUCUGUUCUCACAAGAGGCACUCACCCUGAUAAGAACUGCAGGCUCAGGCAUUUGGUAUAGCUUGGCGAUUUUAAUGAUACAUCACCAGCUGCAGUCCCUCAAGAGGUACUUUGAUGAGAAUAAAUUUUUUUCUGUGAUCAGCUUGGUGGGAAGCAAGGAGCAGGAUGAGAGUGAGCAAGCUUAAAGUGUGUUGCCUGGAGGGAGAGAAGGGGCAGAUAGCCCUUGGUAAGGGGAGGAAGGCCUGUGGGACUCUGAAGUUAUCAGAAUGUUGCUUGGCUGGGUUUUGCUGCAGCAAGGACAGUCCAUGUCCCUCUUCCCCAGCUUGUGCUAGUGUGCCGUCAGCAGAAUGAAGGCAGCCCAAGUGGCAAUACCUUGUCCCCAGUGUGUUCUGUGAUGGUCUGCCCUCCUGCUUGCUUUUUACCUGGGGAGGCAGCUGGAAUCCUCCUGAAGUGUCCCACAAGGGCUCCUUCAGGUCAUCCUUCCAUCAAGGACUAACAGCCCCUGGUGCUUUUUGGAGCCAGCAGCACCCCCGUCCCGUCCCGUCCC